AUGAAAACUGAAGGGAAACCACAUUUGAUAAAGAAGCUUGCUGAUGUAAAAUGUCAAAGGUUACUUCUACGGUUUCUGGCUGCACUUUCACGUUUUUUUUCUUCUGCUAUUCUUCAUAAAGAAGGGUUGGAUGGGUCGGUUGUUCCUGGCUUGGAAGAAGCAGCUCAAGUUGAGCAUUUACUUGCAGAACCUAAUAGUGAGCAUGUUUCAGUAGAUGAAGUGUUAUGUUUUGGGAUGGAAAACUUAGAGAAACACUUGAAAAUGGAAGACUUCUUCUCUUACGCUCUUGAUUACAGCUGGAAAAUUAAUUGUGAAGCAUCUAGAAUCUUUGAUAAGUACACUAUGAUGGAUUUGUCUCAUCCUAUUCAGUGCACAUCUAUUUACAUGGAGGAAAUUCAUGCCAAUGAGCAAAGACCAUAUGCAGAACCAACAUCAAUGGCGGACGUGGAUGCUGAUGUUGCUGCACCAGGGGUACCGAAGACGAGAACAUUCAAGAAGUUUAGUUUUAGAGGUGUCGAUCUUGAUGCUCUCUUGGAUAUGUCAACUGAUGAACUCGUCAAGCUCUUUCCUGCUCGUGCUUGUGGAAGGUUUCAGAGGGUUUUGAAGAGGAAGCCAAUGGCUCUGAUCAAGAAAUUGUGCAAGAAACGGGAGGCUCCACCUGGUGAGAAACCCGAGCCGGUUAGGAUGCACCUCCGCAACAUGAUUAUAGUUCCUGAAAUGAUUGGUAUUAUCAUUGGUGUUUACAAAGGAAAGACCUUCAAUCAAGUGGAAAUCAAGCCAGAAAUGAUUAGCCACUAUUUGGUUGAAUUCUCAAUCUCAUACAAGCUAGUAAAGCACGAAAGGCAUGGUAUUGGUGCCACCCAUUCAUCCAGGUUUAUUCCACUCAAGUGAAUGUCUUCACUCUUAGUUUUGUUGGA